CAAUAGAAUGGUUAGGUGGUCAAAAAUAUUGUAUACUUUCUUUAAUAUAUCCAUCUAUUUAUGCAUUAUAUUAUGAUUAUAUAUCAGAUAUAGAUGACAAUAUUAUUAACGAAAGUGAUAAUGAUAAUAUUACUAUAGAUGAGAAUUCUGAAGAUAAUGAAAGUAUGCUUGAUGAUAAAGAAAGUGAUGAUAAUAAUGAUGAGGAACAAAUUUUUUCAAAUAAUACAUAA